AUGACAACCGUGAAACUACCACCAGAAGAACUUGUUGACAGCGACAUUCAACUUCGCCGCUGGCGCAGUGACGAUGUCGAUACAUUGCACGCCCUAGUCAACCGAUCACUACCCGAACUCUCGCCGUGGAUGCCAUGGGCGGCAAAUGGUUAUUCCAAAGAAGAUGCAGUGGAGGCUCUACGCUUGGGCAGCGAAGGUUGGGACGCCGGCGAAGAGUUUGACUACGCAAUCGUUGUCAGUGACCAGGUUCGCGGUUCGUGUAGAAUCGUCAAAAGAGGUGGUCCUGGUGUUUUUGAGCUGGGAUACUGGUUAGGGAGUGGAGAGACAGGGCGUGGAUUGGCCACCAGGGCUUCAGCUCUCCUCGUCGGCAUCGCUUUCGACCUAGGAGCGGAUUGUGUAGAGGCUCGGAACGACGAAAGCAAUAUCAGGAGCGGCUUGGUUCCGCUUCGACUUGGUUUCAAUUGCUUAGGGCCUCGAGAAAUACCUGCGUGGGAACAGCAGCUUUGGGACCAGCAAUCGGAAUCAGCAAGCAGAUCCGACAUAGUGUGGCGGAUGAGUCGAGAUAAUUAUCCAAAAAAUUAG